AUGGACUUCUCCACAGCCCUGAAAAACUUGCAGGAAGCAUGCACUUGUUUCAUUUGCUCGGCUCUCUUCAGAGACCCAGUGACCAUUAUCUGUGGGCACAACUUCUGUCAGGAGUGCCUCAGUGUUUGCUGGAAGGAUCUAAGGGAUGUCUUCCCCUGCCCUAUCUGCAAGGUUGAUUCCUUCGUGAGACACUGGCACAGGAACCCUCAGAUCUGUAACUUAACUGAUAUCGCGAGGGAGCUGCAGAGACCGAGCAGAGGGAGGAGGCGGAAAGUCUACACUGUGUGUCAGAGGCACAACAAGAAUCAGACCAUUUUCUGCAUGGACGAUCAAGAGCUCAUAUGUCCCCGGUGCAGGUUUGCUGAUAAACACUAUAUGCACUCCGUCUGCUUUAUGAUGUCUGCAGCCGUUCUUCACAGGAAGAUGCUAAGCCAGAGCAUGGAGCUUCUGGAGAUGAUGAUGAAACAAUGUAAGAAAGAACGGACCCUGCAGCACAGAAAAACUCAUGAGCUGAGGAAGAAGUUCAGAUAUAAGAAAAAAGAGAUCUGUUUUGAAUUUGAGCAAGUCAAACUGUUUCUGCAGAGUGAGCAUGAGGAGCUUCUAAACGAGAUACACAUUGAGGAGCUGCUGGGUUUAUCAACGCUAAAUGAGUGUGUUGGGACCCUGGCAGACCAUUUAUCUGCAUUAGAAGAUCUGUUGAAGGGGGCACAGGCCAAGCAUGUGCAGACAGAUGUUGCGUUUCUGGCAAGCCUUCUGAGAGAGUACCACAAAUGUGAAAAGCUGAAACGCCCCCCACUCUGGCCAUUCAGGACAAAGCAGUAUGGUCUCAGUCUCCCGCCACAGUACUCAGGCUUGGACAGAAUCAUCAAGCGAUUUCGGAUAGAUAUGCAUUUUGAUCUUGACGCAGCACACCCUCAGCUUGUUAUCUCUGAGGAUAGAAAAUCCGUACUUUAUAAAGAAGAGAGACAAAGUGUUGAUGCUAGCCCUCAGAGAUUUCGCUGGCCUGCUCUCCUGGGAUGUAGAAGCUUUCACUCAGGCCGUUGCUUCUGGGAAGUAAAAGUGGGAAACAAGCCCCUGUGGACAUUGGGUAUGUGUCAAGAUGGCUUUCCCAGGCAGUUGAGCCAUCAGCCCUCAGUUGCUGAGGGCUUCUGGGCAAUUGGGAGAUACAACGAGAGUGGCUAUGUCACCUGUGGGCCCAAAAGUUCUGCGUUUCUGCCAGUGGUGCAGCCCACCAGGAUUGGCAUCUUUUUGGAUUAUGAGUUGG